GACUGACGGAGCCUCCGGAGGUCAGGCAAUGGCAGAGUUUCACAGAGAUAUACUUGAUGGAAAAUCAGUUGACUGAGUUAUUCGAGAAUCCUCGGUGUCCAGUACUCAUGGUACUGUUUCUAAAUAGAAAUUGCAAACUCAGAACGAUUAGUCCGCCUUUCUUUGAUUUCAUGCCUGCUCUUGAAAUCCUGAAUUUAUCCCGAACUCGGAUCAAGUCCAUGCCAGAGUCUCUAUUCAGGUUAAGCCGCCUAAAAAGACUAUUCUUAAAUCAUUGUGAGCUAUUGAGGGUGUUACCUCCGAAAAUUGGAGAACUUCAGCAGCUUGAGGUACUUGAUCUUGAAGGCACUAAGAUCAUGGAUCUGCCGAAGGAGGUUGCGAAGCUAACAAAGCUCACUUGCUUAGAAGUAUCUUUUUGUCCACACACAAAUUGUGGCACUAAGUUUGCAGAAGUGAAUGCAUUGAUUCCUCAAGGCACUAUUUCUGCCCUAUCACAAUUAGAAGAGCUUAGUAUUGAUAUACAUCCAGAGGAUGAGGGGUGGGAGAGUGUUGUGGAAGCUCUUGUUGACGAUGUUUGUGGCUUGAUGAGGUUGGAUACACUUAAACUGUACUUUCCACAAGUGGAACAUCUAAGGAAAUGGUUUGGCACAUCAAAGGUGUCUAGAUCUUUGUCGCAUUUCCAAUUUGUUGUUGGCAAACAUGCUAAACGCAUCAUGUGUUAUCUCCCAGAGGAUCUUGAGUUUGAGUUAGAACACUGGGAUAGAUCCCUGAAAUAUGUAAAUGGUGUGGGAGUACCCAUAGAUAUCCAAAAGAUGCUUCGUCAUACUUCCGCAUUUUUCUUAGAUCGCCAUAGAGAUGUCACGAAGCUUUCUGAUUUUGGGAUUGAGAACAUGGAGCAACUGAAAUGCUGCAUAAUUGAGGAGUGUGAUGAGAUUCAGAUUAUUGUUGAUGGAACUGACAUGUAUGGCGAAGCAGAUAGAAGUGAAAUUGUAUUAGAAACAUGGGAGGAUGAGAGUAGGUUUCUCAAAUCACUUGAAUAUCUCUAUUUAUAUCGUAUAAAGAGUUUUAGGUGCAUUUAUGAGGGGCAGCUGCAUCGAGGAUUCUUGUCUCGUCUUAAAUGCUUGGCCUUACUCACAUGUCCUCAGUUGACUACUAUAUUCACACCUGGCCUACUGGAAAACCUUGAUAGCUUAGAUGAGCUGAAAGUUGAAGACUGCCCCCUUGUCAUAAGUUUAGUGAGGUGUGAAGAUACUUGUGUUUGCGAGAGUACUCACGUCCUCCCCAAGUUGAAAAAGAUAUCCCUAUUCUCAUUGCCUGAAUUCAUUAGCAUUUUCAAUGGCUUAUGCAUUGCACCAAACUUGGAACGAUUGAGCAUUAUUGAUUGUCCGAAUCUCAAGAGACCAUCAACUGAUGAAAUCUGUGGCAAUCAUCCGACAAGGACUAAACCACAAAGUAUUCCAAAUGAUGCAAGCAGAGAGCAGCCGGCUCCUCCGGUGGUUUCAUCUACAACCACUGGUAAUGCAGACCCUUCAAGUUCUAAACUCAAAAGGGAGCCUAAAGUUGCUCCUCGGCUGUGGAAAUCCUUAUUCAAUGAUCUUAAGUUAGCUGCAAGAAACUUUAGUGCUGCAAGUCUUCUUGGUGAAGUUGGUUCGGGCUGUGUACGUGGAUUUACAAAUGACACAAGCAGAGAGCAGCCUGCUGCUGCUGGGGUUUCAUUUACACCAACUACAGGGAUUGACUCCUCUGUUUCAUCUACGGCCGCUAGUAAUACAGUAAUAACCUCUUCAAUUCCAUCCAAGAACACUAGUAAUACAACAAUCAACACUUUGACUUCUAAACUCAAAGAGGAAAUUAUAGUCGCUCCUCAGCUGCGGAAAUUUUCAUUAAAGGAUCUUAAGUUAGCUACACGAAACUUUAGUGGUGAGGCUCUGCUCGGUGGAGACGGUUUUAACCGUGUCUUUAAGGGUUGGAUUGAAGAAAAGGGGACUGCUGCCGCGAGGCCUGGUACUGGGCUGGCUGUUGCUGUCAAGACUCUCACGGACGAUGGGCUGGAGGGUCAAAAAGAGUGGCUGGCUGAAGUGAGUAUUCUUGGUCAUCUAGAGCAUCCAAAUUUGGUAAAGUUAAUUGGAUAUUGCAAGGAAGACGACCAAGGGCUGCUAAUAUAUGAGUUUAUGCAAGGAGGGAGCUUGGACAAUCACCUCUUUAAAAGGACUCUGCCUCUCCCUUGGUUUACCAGGAUGGAAAUAGCGCUGGAUGCUGCUAAGGGUCUCGCUUUUCUUCAUGAGGAAGCAGAACUGCAAGUGAUAUUUCGUGAUUUUAAAACUUCCAAGAUCCUAUUAGAUGAAGACUACAACGCCAAGCUUUCUGGUUCUGGAUUUGAAAAAAUUAUUCCCAAGGGAGAUCACCAUGUCUACACCCGUGUCAUAGGAACUCUUGGCUAUGCUGCCCCAGAAUACCUAGCGACUGGUAUGUAUAUGUUAGUACAGGCAAUUUGA